AUGGAAAAUCGAGUUCAUAAAAAGAGACAAAGAAGUGAAAAUUGGUUUGAACAAGACAAGAUUCUCUUGACAGAACUGGUAAAAGAAAAAGUUUCCGAUAUAGAAAAUAAAAACACUGAUACAAAUACGAAUACGAAAAAGCAGGCCGCUUGGGGAGACUUACAAAGCAGUUUUAACAGUAUGUGCACGGGCGGUAAACGCACUAUAUCACAAUUGAAAUCGCAAUGGGGCAUUAUAAAAAUGAACACAAAGAGAAUGAAAAUGGAGGGGCGGAAGCAAAUUAUUGCAGAAGGGGGCGACACACUACCGCUAGAGGGCCCUAAUAAAGAUGAUGUCACCAAGCUACCAUUCGAUUUCAUGUUGGAAAAAACUAAAACUAACCACGAUGACAAUCACCAGGUCAAACCUAAACUGGCAGAGAGAUCGUCAUCAACAGAUUCAAUUAGAUUAGUAAUAAAUGAGGAUGAAAUUAUGAUUGAGGAUAUUCCAUGUUCUACUCAAAAAGAGGACAUGAAAGAAGAAGUACUAAACAAGAAACAAAAUGGCAAUGAGUCCAUAUCUACAAAUACCAGGAAAAAACAGAAACCUUCUGGGAGCAAAACUUCUAACACGUGCUCAACAAAUAUAACGAACCUUGAAAUGAAAUGUAGAAAAGAGCUACAUGCAAUACAAAUGGAAAACGAAAAGAGGAAAUCUAGAAACUUGGACUUGGAAGAAGAGCUAUUGAGAGGAAAAAUAGAUUACUAUAAGAAAAAGAGCAGAUCACUGCUGGCAUAA